AGCAAUCAUAGGGCUGGCCUGGACUCGGGGCUUUUUUAUAUUGGCCUAUUCUAGUCGGCUGCACAAUGGCCCUUAUCGGCGCCGGUGCACUUCUCCAGCAGCGCCUGAAUUUCGUCUGGAGAGAAGAAAAAUCAAAUCCCACUUACACCUUUGAGGACAAUCGUGCGAACAAACAGCCUUGUUCUAGAACCUUUACAACGCAGCUCGGUGGUAAGUUCUGGCGCGCACGGAGACUGAUUGGCUUUUAACCUGCUGUCCCCCCACAAACUCAAGGAUCACCGGGUUCAGCGAAAAUUUUUUCCUUGUAUUGGAGUAUCCCAUCGCGGCCUCGGGUCCGUGCUAUCGUACAAGUCGUGCUAAUAGAUAGCGCUUAAUCCGAUCUCCUUAGCUGCAAUGGUAACUAGCUACAUAUUCCGCUUGUCCUUUGGAUCGUGCUAAAAGGAAAAAACUCUAAUUGAAGUCCCGGUAUCGGUGUGAGAGCUCACAAUCUCGACAUCGUAAGGGCGACGAUACGAGAACGAGACAGCCGGCCGAUUACCCUACUGCACGGGGACAUAGUUGCAGAGUAAGUUUUAGAUCCUGUUUAAUGGGCUCUUACGUUCUCGAAAAUGAUUGGGAUUGCGGGCCGGCAUAAUCUCCCACCCCGCUCGGAUGGGCCUGGGGGCGGCAAUAUGCGGCUUUAAUAUCCCAAUUUUCGCCCCUCCCUCCCAAAGUACAUGAUAUUUGGCCUUAUGUGCUCAUGAGCUUUAGCUUGGAAUUUGCAAGAAAAAAACUUGGUGUUCGGCAUUGCUGUAUUCCGAGGUGGAGGUGCGGGCAUUGCGGAGGACGAAACUACCAUUGGGCUCGGUGGGCUGCGGGGUAAAUGAGAAAGUUACCGCUUCUUACAUGGCUUACCGCAGGGUAAUGAACAGGCGCAAAACGAACGAAACAAAUCUCGCGGAGCACCAAGAGAUAUCAAGAUCCAAUCCGAUGAUCCGCUCAACUUCUUAACAUUUUUUUCACCCCCCCCGGCCCACUCGGAUCAUCGAUACAGUCGGACCCAAUAGCCCUCAUCGCAAUGGCCACUGUGGAGGGGCAAAAAUUUGGUCAUCCCAUUCUCGGAAGGGGCUGGAACUGUGCUGCCUUCUCUUUUUCUUUUCCUCGGUGGGGUUGCUGUGGACGGGGAGAAAAUACUCAAUCUCCCGAAACCAGAUUCCCGGCUCGGGCCGCUAUCAUCGCCAAUGUGGAUAUAUGGGAAUUUUGAGGAAAGUGGAAUUGUUCAAAUCUGCAUGGGGUUUGUUGUAUUCUUAGCUGGUUUCGCUCUUAGUGACGGUAUGAUGACGAUGAUAGAGUGCAGCGAACGAGCCUCGAGUAGGCACUCUGGGCAAGAGCGAAGGGAAGAAAUUGUGGAGUGAAACGGGAUGGACUUCCUUGGGAUGCAUCGAUGACAAAUAUCCACGGAAUUGAUGUUCGUGGUCGAGUAAGCGGUCGACCCAAGCAUGACCCAAAACGACAAGUUGACAAGUCGACACUCAAGCGCUUCCUGAUCGAAUGAUCUUGCGAGAAAUUCCCGUAAGAUCGGAUAUUGAUUGAGACUGGGCCUGCACGACAUCGCUGGCUUUACAAUAGGGGCACAUGUGCAGGAUCCCGAUCAACACAAUGAGUUGGUGUUGGCUUUUUCGCGUCCACAUUUUUUUAUUUUUUCAAAAGUCCCCAAUUCUUUACAAUUUCAUCCACUAAAGGAAUUGUUCUAGUGCUCGUUCUUAUCCAUAUUUUCAAUAUUUUUUUCCCACAAAACAACAGAGAGCUAAUUUUGAGAGGAUCUUAGGAGAGUCCACGGUCGCUCUAGAAAAUGGAAGCGGGCAGUGAGAAUCAGGGCAAUAUUGUCCGGGGAAACCGCCGUCGGCCGUGGACAAUCAGCUGCUUUCCCGCAAACAACCUGCUGUCCGCCCCGCCAACCAGGGUCGGCCAUGUACUCGAAUAGUUAGGCGCAUAAGCGAACUAGCUCUUACUGGCCCACGAUAUACUUAGCAACGCCGUUGGGGGGUGGAAAGCAAUCAAUAACAUUAGGCCAACACAUCACAAAGGCUCCCUCUGGCUCAUUCUCCUUCGAUUUGAGUUGUUUGACUUGGCUUCCCCUGUCGGUGGCGAAGAAAGGAUCUUUAUUUUUCUUUUUAUCGCUCGAUGAAUUUUCGAUAUAAACAUCCAUAGCGGCAUGCGGACAAUUAGCUCCGAUAUACAUACAUACACGCCAGGUCUGACGCCAAGGCAGAGAAAGCAGAAAGAAGAAAAAAUUACUCUACUCUGAGUUUAGUCGUGCGCGCCUUCUAAUCCAGUCUUUCAGUACAUAAUGGACCAUAUGGAACCAGCUUCCAUCGAAUUUCAUAGCUAUCAGCAAUCUUCUUCUCCUCCUCCUUCUUCCAUUCUUAGUUCAUUUACGUUUCAAAAACUUUCAGAAACUGUUUUUAUAAUACUAUUAAACAUACUAAAAAUGUUUUGGAACACUAUGUUUCAACCAUUGCCAUAUUAUACUGCCCCAACUACUCCAAACUCGAGACUUCUCACGCCUCUGGUUUACCUAUACUGGGCAGUUAUGUGUUGUGUUUUAUUGCCUUUGGCGCCUAUCUAUCUGUUCACAUCCCUAAUGGGCACGAUUUAUAUCUCGACCCAGAUGGGAUGGCGAUUGAAGCAGACAAAACCUGAAGUUAUUGAGGAUAUCAAAAAGCGAUACUUGGCCUUUGUCCCCGCCACUCCUGUCCCUGAGCAUACUCCAAGCGCUGAACCCGCUCCCGUGACCGAAUCCCCCCCCGUGACCGAGUCUGCUCCCGUGGCUGAAGCCAACCCGAUCGUCGUCGAACCAGUCCAAACUGUUGUUGUUGAAGGAGUUGUCGAAGAGAAGCAAAAGGGCGAGGAUGACGCCGCGAUUGUCCCCCACACGGUUGUCGAGGAGCCUGAGGCCGAAGAGGAUGUGGACUCGGCCAUUGAACCCGCUUUGAGAGUCGAAGAGGAAUCACCCGAAUUCAUCCUACCUGUGCACGAGGAGGUUCAGACCGAGACACCGAUCAGGGAGACACACGAAGAGACUCCUCAGGUCCUUGCUAAACAAGAAUCGCUCACUGUGGGGGAGUAUAGUUCACCAAUCGUAGCGGGGUCCGAUAGUGAGGAUGUUGAGGAAAGUUGCGGUAUGGAGUCAAAAUAUACUGAGUCGGUGCCCUCCGAUUAUUCCGGGUCAGCUUCUUCCGAUAUCGAAGAAUCUGAUGAGGAUGAACUGGGUGAGAAGAAGCACAACGAAGGGCGAGGGUUGGAGGGGAUCGUGGAGGAAGAGGAAGCGGAUGAGGAGAUUUUGAGAAAGGAUCUUGAUGAGCGGGAGGUCUCAGACCAAGAACUUACCCCUCAGGCACCGGAAUAUAUCCCCCCGGCACACCGGGUUAAGCUCGAAGAGCCAGUGUUCGUACGUUCCUAUGGACCCCCAGCUUUUGGGAUUUGCGAGAAACGGGGCGUCCGCGAGAUCGUUGAUCCCCGCAAGCGCCAUUCGCAUCAAGCGCGGAUCCAACAGCCUGUCUCAUUACGGAUGGAGGAGUCCUUGGCCAGUUCUGACGAGUCAUCCCCAUACGACGACGAAUCCGAGAGGGACGGAAGCCCCCCAAUCAGCCCGAUCUCUAGCGUUGGAACCGGUAAUUGGGGAGUGAUCAUUGAGAGCCUAGAUAAAAUUGUUGAGCUCGACAUCGGAGCAGACAAGGCCGAGAGCCCGAAGGAUGACGUCGAUACAUCUGUUACUCCCGCCCCUUUGGACCCACAAAAGCUAGAGGCUCCGCAAGUGACUGAGGAUGUUUCGCCAUGUGUAGCCCCUGUUCAGCUUGUCCCGACUACUAUGGGGCAGGAGAAGCAAGCGGCAAUUGUCAGCGAGCAGACACUGAUGCCAGUAGUUGAAAUCGCGCCCAAGUUAGAAAGGAGCAAUACCGAUGACUCGGGAUUCGAAAGCGGCUCCGUCAAAGAGGUCAAGGUCCAGAAGAAGAAGAAGAAGGCUCCUAUGAAACAACGCUUAGGAAACAGGAAGAGCAAGAGGAGCUGGUAA